AAUAAUUUUAUAUGGGUUUUUAGCUUGCCCUACCGACCUCCCUUCCCGCCCAUCUUCUUGUUCUUCUCAGGUCUCCCCCAGAAUGGAGAAAGGGAAAACAAAGAUGGUGCUGACUCAGUACGCCGUCAAAUACGCCGUCCAUAUCAUCACCAAACACUUCGGGAACCUCGUCGCUAAAGUGUGCGAAUGUCUCCUCCGGAAAGGGGCUCUAACGCUGCCGAACAUAGUUCGGUUCACCGAGCUCAAUCCUUCGAAUGUCAAGAACUGCUUGCUUGUCUUGAUUCAACACAAUUGUGUUCAAGCUUUCGUCCUCGAAGAAGCAGGUACUUUCGGAGAUGGGCCUAAAGUCAAUACUCAGUACAUUGCGCUGUUUGAUAACAUAAUACAUCGCGUGAGGUUUUCUAAGUUUUUGAUGAUUGUGUCAAAGGAUCUUGGUCAAGAAUCUGUAGCACUUCUUGAGGGUUUGCUUCAACAUGGCAGGCUUACACUGCAACAAAUGCUUGAUAGAGCUGAAUCGAGCCAAAAUGAAAAUGCUGCUCUAGCUCCAGAUGAGGUGCGAGAGACUCUUCUUAAACUUGUGGCUGCCCAUUAUGUCGAACGCUGCCCUGCCCCUCAACCAGUUAUUGCCAUGCCAACUGAAGAAGAAUCUGCUGCAAAGAGACGGGCUUCUAAGUCUGCUAAGAUAAUUGAAGAGCGAGAAACUUUAGAACAACGAGUUGUAGCAGCAUCAAUACCAGGGGAAGUAGCAAGGUUCUCAUUUACAACAGAUGUGGGACCCGAUAGUCAUGAAGAAAACGAGGACGACUUCUCUAGCCUGAUUAUUGGGGAGAAGCGCAAGCGUGAUGCUGUGGAGUCAGAUAAAGGAUUAGGGGCUACAGAUGAGCAAACAGUUCUUUGGCGUGUCAGCUUUGAGGAAUUUGCUCGUCGACUGAGGCAUAAGGCUUGCAUUGAAAAUGUUAGAGCUCGUCUGGAUGAUGGAGCAGCCACUGUAUUAGCUGCAAUGCUAGAGGCAUCAAGAAGUGAAGAGAAUAAGUUGAAAACAGAAAAAUCAGUUCCCUUAUCACUUAAUUCUAUUUAUGAAGAGGUUAUAAAGAGUGAAGCAGGUCGUAAUAUGACCAUCGAUCGUGUCAGUGCUUCUCUCGUUCAGUUGGGCUCUCCACCCUUUGUUAGAGAGUUUGAUGAAUCAUAUAGUGUUGAUUUCAAGCACAUUAUUGAACUGGCACAGAAUCAUGAGGUGGAGUCAGUUGUUCUGAAAAGGUAUGGGAGGGAUGCUUACAGAAUGUUUAGGUUAUUGCUGAAAGCUGGUCGUCUACUUGAGACUGAUAAGAUAGCAGAUUCCACUUUUGUUGAAAAGAAGGAUGCUCCAAAAAUUCUUUACAAGUUGUGGAAGGAUGAAUACUUGCAUAUGGAGAAACUAGUAGUGACAGGAGCUAGACAAGCACAAUUCCUGUUGUGGAAGGUGAAUAAGCGGACAUUGUGGGAACAUGUGUUGGAUGAGAUGUUCCAUGCCGCUUUAAAUCUAAAUCAACGGCUGGCAUAUGAACUGGAGCAAGAAAAGGAGCUGCUGAGUCUGCCGUCAGAUAAGCGCGUGGGGGAACUGAAUGAUCGAUUCAAUCGGAUAAGAAAAGUGAGGCUAGUUCUGGAGUCGUCGCAGAUCCAGCUUGAUGAUGCAGUCUUGCUUUUCCAUUACUUUUGACUCUCGCCCGACCAUAUUCGCUCCUGUUUUAUUUUCUCUGAACGGUGGAUAUCCUCAUCUUUGAUCCAUUCAAUUAAUUAAAAUUUUUUUCUACGUGAUUGUACAAAACUUUGAUGAUGAACUGAUGGUUUAAUUGGAA